UGUUGUUUGUGGCGGCAAAGGACCGAUUAGAGGUAAAACCGAUUCAAACUGACUGAGGAGAAGAAGGUCCAGUAGAACCAGAAGAAGAACCACCAGUUCAGGGAGAAAGAUUUCCAUCCAGAACCAGGUCAUCCUUCUGAACUCUGACCUCUGUGUCCCUCCAUGGACCCCGGUGACCCCGGCCCAUGUGGCGAUGCGGCGGGCUCCAUCCGGGAGCGGACCAUCGCGGAGAACAGCCUGGUGGUUCUGCUGCAGGGCCUGCAGGGUCAUGUGACCACGGUGGAGCUGCGGGACGAGUCGACGGCACGCGGACGAGUCCUCAGCGUCGACGCCUUCAUGAAUGUCCGACUGGAGAACGUCGUCUUCCGGGACCGGCGGGGUCACGCCCUGCGUCUGCAGCAGCUCUUUGUCACCGGACGCAACGUGCGCUACGUGCACAUACCCGACCGCGUGGACAUCCUGCAGACCAUCCAGAACCAGCUGGCCCGGAUCCACAGGGUCCGGAACUUCGCCAGUCAAGGAGGCGGGAGGAGAGAGUUCUGCAAGAACACCAAUUGAUCCCGUUCCACUGUGGACCCAGUUCUACCAGGUGACCCGGAUCAGACUUGGAGACUAUUCCUCCCUGGUUCUUAUUGGAAUGAAACCAGAUCCUUCUUAUUGGAAGGAUUCAGAACUGGUUCUGAUUAAAAACUGACUGUUUUUUUAGUGUUAUCAUAAUAAAAGUGUCCAAAAAUCCAGAUGUUCAUUAAUGCAAGUCCGGUCCGUUUGCCUAGUCAAAGUCCGGUUGGUGAGGUGUGAAUGCUAAUCGACCUCUGACCUUGGUCUGCGUUCGGCUGAAGUGAACUCUGGUUCAAUUUCAAUGUGAACGCCAAGCGGACCAGAGACCGAUCCAAAGGCUGGAAGUGGACUACAGCACAGGGCAUUCUGGGUAAUUACAACCAUAGCUAACAUGCUAGCCUAGCGCUAGCAGCAGAAAUGGCUCCUGGUCUUCAGCCAAAGACUAAAGAGAAAUCCUCCAUUACUAAACUCUGACGCCUCCAUCUUGUUUCAUCUGGUGAAACAGGAAGUUGCUCUCAGUGUCUUCAGAGGUUUUAGUGUCGUUUCCUGCAGUGGUUGUUGGUGCAGCGCCCCCACAGGCCAGGAGGGGAACAGGCUGGUUGGACUCAGAGCGACAGCAGCUUGAGGUGGAGCAGAUGAACAAAACCGAGUUCUGGAACAAACUUCCAGAAAACUGUGAAACAGCAGAAACCCUGACUUCCUUUAAAUCUCAACUAAAAACCAGCAGGUUAUAGUUUUAUUAGAAAUGUAAUAUGUAACAAUGUAUUGUUUAUUAUAUGACUUUGUGUUUAUGAUGUAAAGCACUUUGAAAUGCCUUGCUGCUGGAAUGUGCUAUACUAAUAAAAUUUGAUUUGAUUUUUGAUUUAAAGGGCCGCUAUCGUGUAAAGUCAAUCAUUUUCAUGUUUUUCCGUGGCGUAUUGGUUUGAUUCUUUCAUGGUUGAGAAUCCUUCCAUCUCCAUGGCAACCACUCAGCUGGGUGGACCUAGCCCCGCCUUCGAGGUGCAGCUCCUCCCCCCACUCAGCUCCUUCAGACUAGCCAGCAGCAAUUAGCAAACAGCUGCUGAGGUCGUCAGAGGAGCUGCUGCUCAGAUAAUCUCUGGUAAAAACGUGAAAGUAUAGCACAACCCACAUUUGGAGGCCUUGAAACCUCGAAGCAGCUGUCGCGGGUUUGAUUCCCGGACCAGACGAUAUUUGUCUUCCCCUCUCUCCUUGCCCCUUUCCUGUCAGCAUACUUUCAUAUAAAAGACA